AUGCCUGACAAGCACGCAUCUGCACCCCUCUCCGACGAUCACCGCCCCGAUCUGGAGAAACUCGAAAAGAGAAACUCCAGCAACGGGUCCCAGAUGUCUAACAUGAUUGCUUCUUCCGUGUCAAACCUCAUAGCCGGAAAGAUAGCGCAGCUAGAAUCGGAGCGAGACACUCUUGUCGCCCAUCGAGACACCCUCCUAGAGGCUAAGAAGAAGCAAACAGUCGAUCCAGACGAGCUCCAAGCAAAGCUCGACAAUACAAUUGCACGCAUUACCCCGAUCUGCGAGAUUCUCAAGAUCCUUCGCAAACAGCGCCACCAGCUCGAACAGGACAUCGCGGAAGCCCAAGAAAUGAAAAGUAAUACCAGGCUCCACGAGAACGAAUCUGCCCACUCGAUUGUAUCCCGUCUCAUGCAAAGUCCAGACAAGGAACCGACUCUGUCGCUCAGCGACGAGGUAGAAUUCCGCCGAGACGUUCUGGCGAGAUACGCCGCGAUCACGCGAGAAGGUGCUAUGGUCUACUGUCACCUGUCGGGCUGGAACCUCCCCAAUAAAAUCAGAGAGGUUCCUCUCGUCCCAAUGUCGCUGGCAGGGCGCGAGUUGGCCUUUCUGUUUGGCUCGGACGAGAUGCCGCCAAUGGACGCCCGUAAUGGGAUUUCUCUUCACUUCACGAUUCAAUCCGCUCUGGAUGCAGGGGUGAUAGCCAUCGUACCUGAGAUUUCUGGAUCAGAGUGCAAAUGGAAAUGCGUACUUGUCGACAGAUCCAAAGAAAAUGAGAUCGCGCUGGAGAAGGUCUUCCUGUCUACUGAUGGUUUGGGACAGCCGCUCCGAAUUCCAGAGCGCGAAUACAAGUUGAAGAAAGGCAAUCGGGUGGUUUUCAGAUGGAAGGACCUCGACAACCAAGAACUAGUCUUCCACACCGAAGCUCGUCCUGCGCACCGAUACCUAUUCUUCCGCUUCAUCAUGACAUACAUGCAGGCGAAAAAGGGAGGCCACACGGACUUCACAUCCGCAGUUGAAAACACGCCUGAUUUCUGGGCAUCUUCAGGCCCCUAUCUCGACCGGGCUACCUUGAAAGAAUUUGUCAGAAAUAUUUCGGGAUUGGAAUUGCCGCCCUCGCUCAUGAAGAAUACAUUCACUGAUAAGGACUGCGCUUUUCAUCCGGAGGCGGAAGAUGUUGCGGCUACGUUGUCUAUUCAGAUCAAGGACGCUCAUGCUGAAAGAAUGCGGGACUAUGAUAAGCCUGAUAAGUCUGACGAGGAUGAAGAGGAUUCUGACGAUCGGGACGCUGAUGCAGAGAGUAGUGAUGAUGAGCUUGAUUACUGGCCAGAUUCCUGA